AUGGGUCGCAUAGCAAAUCUGGCGUCUGGUCUAGAAACUGGGGAAACCCCUAUAGCUCGUGAGAUCGCCCACUUCAUCCACCUGAUAACAGCGGUUGCAGUUGUCCUCGGUAUCAUGUUCUUCAUCACGGCACUCAUUCUUGGCUACAGUUGGCUGGACGCGGUCAUCUUCCUCAUUGGGAUCAUAGUUGCUAAUGUCCCCGAAGGACUGCUGGCUACUGUUACGGUUUGUCUGACAUUGACAGCCAAACGUAUGGCGAGUAAAAAUUGCCUGGUAAAGAAUUUGGAAGCGGUGGAGACAUUGGGUUCUACGUCAACCAUCUGCUCGGACAAAACUGGAACUCUCACACAAAACAGAAUGACCGUUGCUCACAUGUGGUUUGAUAGCAAGAUUGUGGAGACUGAUACGAGCGAAGAUCAGUCUAACGCAACCUAUGAUCGAGAAGCUCCGACAUGGAGGGCACUAACGAGAAUUGGAAUGCUAUGCAACCGGGCCGAGUUCAAACAGGGGCAAGAUAGUAUCCCAGUCCUGAAGAGAGAUUGUAAUGGCGAUGCUUCGGAGUCUGCCCUUCUGAAAUUUGUGGAACUGUCCAUCGGGGAGGUGGAAAAACACCGCAAAAGGUGCAAGAAAGUCUGUGAAAUCCCCUUCAACUCUACUAACAAAUAUCAAGUCUCCAUCCACGAGAUAGAGGGCGACAACGACCAUGGUGAAACAAAAAUGAACCUCCUCGUCAUGAAAGGGGCACCAGAGCGGAUCCAGGAAAGAUGCAGUACAAUUUUGAUAAACGGUAAAGAGGAGCCGAUGAGCGAGGCGAACAAAAACGCCUUCAACCAGGCCUACCUUGAACUUGGCGGACUGGGCGAAAGGGUUUUGGGGUUCUGUGAUUAUCUGCUCCCUGUCAAUCAGUAUCCCAUCGGGUACAGUUUUAACGGAGACGAAAGUAACUUCCCGCUAUCCGGAUUGAGAUUUGUGGGAUUGAUAUCCAUGAUUGAUCCACCGAGGGCCGCCGUGCCAGACGCCGUCAGCAAGUGCAGGAGUGCUGGGAUCAAGGUCAUAAUGGUGACAGGCGAUCAUCCAAUCACAGCGAAGGCCAUAGCAAAAGGGGUGGGCAUAAUUUCCGAGGGCAACGAGACUGUAGAAGAUAUCGCCGCCAGAUUGGAUAUUCCGAUCAGCGAAGUUAAUCCAAGAGACGCACAAGCCUGCGUAGUACACGGAACAGACCUCCGUGACAUGACCUCAGCCCAAUUGGACGACCUCCUAGCCAAUCACAGCGAGAUCGUCUUCGCAAGGACCUCCCCCCAGCAAAAACUCAUCAUCGUCGAGGGCUGCCAACGGCAGGGGGCCAUUGUGGCUGUCACAGGCGAUGGAGUCAAUGACAGUCCCGCCCUUAAGAAAGCAGAUAUCGGCGUCGCUAUGGGGAUUGCCGGAAGUGACGUAAGCAAGCAGGCAGCUGAUAUGAUCUUGCUCGAUGACAAUUUUGCAUCAAUUGUCACCGGCGUCGAAGAAGGUCGGUUGAUUUUUGACAACCUCAAAAAGUCCAUUGCCUACACACUGACCAGCAACAUUCCAGAAAUAACUCCAUUCCUACUAUUCAUCCUGGCUGACAUACCUCUCUCCCUAGGGACGAUAACGAUCCUGUGCAUUGACCUCGGCACGGAUUUGGUUCCCGCCAUAUCUCUGGCGUAUGAAUCAGCAGAGAGUGACAUCAUGAAGAGACUGCCAAGAGAUCCUCUGCACGAUAAACUUGUUAAUAACAGGUUGAUUGGAAUGGCUUACGGCCAGAUAGGCCCGAUACAAGCCUGUGGUGGAUUUUUUGCUUACUUCGUCAUCAUGUCUGAAAAUGGAUUCCUUCCGCGAAAGCUGCUGGGAAUCAGACGAGAAUGGGACUCAAGAUCCGUCACGGAUCUUGAAGAUUCCUAUGGACAGGAAUGGACAUACGCGCAGAGGAAGGCUCUAGAAUACACAUGCCACACAGCGUUCUUCGUCUCCAUUGUCGUCGUCCAGUGGACCGAUCUGGUGAUAUGUAAGACCAGGAGAAAUUCCAUCAUACAUCAGGGAAUGCUGAACCAUUACUUAACAUUCGGGCUGUUCUUUGAAACUGCCCUGGCGGCCCUACUGACAUACACUCCCGGACUGGACAAGGGACUAAGAAUGUACCCCUUAAGAUGGACCUGGUGGCUCAUGCCCCUUCCCUUCAGUUGUUCCAUACUUUUGUAUGACGAGCUGAGAAAGUAUCUACUGCGCACAAACCCUGGCGGAUGGAUGGAGAGAGAAACUUAUUAUUAA